AUGGCAGACGGCGACAUGAAGAAUAAACUCUACAAACUUUCUGUAGCUCCUUUCGUCCUUGAGAGGCAAGAGGAGUAUCAGAAAGCAAUUGAUUUCCACAAAAGCGCCAUCGAUGUCUUGGGGACGGCAGCACAGACGUUCAGAAAGUCGGGCUCGAACGUGCGCAAGAUACACCGGAAGAUGUUUGAGCGACAGGUGCAGUUGCAUCGCGAGCGGCUUGCGCAUCUGGAAGAUCUUCAGCGUAAGGGGAGUUUCGCCGGUAUUGUGCUACCACCGUCGGGGUUGGAUGUUGUGCAGGAGCUGGCGAGGGAAAAUGGAGAUAGUCCGUGGACAUUAUCUCAGAUCCGAAAAGCACUUCACGAUUAUCGUAAAGAUGAAUCAACCGGUAAGGUGGUGCCCGACCACCUAAAACCCUUCCUCGACGCCGCAGACUCUACCCAGGUCCCCUUCUUUGCACCGACUCUUUCCCCGUCGGCUGAGAUCGUGACGUAUCGUCUCACCCAUUCUUCAGAGCUAGUGGACCUCGGCGUCCGCUCGCACUGGUGGUUCGUCAAAGACCCAACCAACACCCACGUACUAUAUGCUCUCCAGGUGGUAUGGAGUCAACAGGUUCCAAUCGUGGAGGCCAUCCUACGCCGCGCGGGAGAAUUUCUCCCGGGGAUGGGCGCAGUAAACAUCAGAAUCCGCAAGACGAAAGGAGGCAGCUUCCGCCUGGUGACAAGCACCGUUCCCCCGGAUGGCGGUCAAAUCGUCGAGAUUCCAGACGGUGAACUCCAACGCAAGGACUGGUCCCCGCGGCGGUUCCAGUAUGGUGGGCGCAAUUUCGUCUGGAAGAGCGGGCGUGCUGAUGGGAAGAGCAUGGACGGUGGUCUGUUCAGGUCGUUUACUUGGGAGACACUCUAUGAGACGAAACGCGCGUGGCCGAAGGAUGGAAGCAGAACGGGAAAGAUGGAAGACGAGACUGUUGGGUCGAAGCUCUGCUGGGGAGAGAAGGGAGGCAAUGGCGCGACUCACUCCAUAUACAUGGUUGGAGGGCUGGACUUGCAGUUCCGGGAGCAUUUGUUGGCAGCGCAGCUGGCGAGACUGGUGCGGUGCAGCUAUCCACCGCAGAAAGACUCGACAGGAGUAGAAGCUGUAUCGACAGGAUCUAGCAUAUUGGGGCUGAUAGAGCUGGUUUCAUAG